AUGCGACUCUUCCAGGUCCCUUUGUCGCUGACCUCGCUCCUCCUCACCGCCAAAUUCUCGCGAUUCGUCAUUGCAGGAUUCUUGCCCGAUUUCCUGCAGAGCUUUGAAGAUCUCCAAGAUAUUGAGAAGAGAUGUGAAAAUCCAUGCGGAUACUAUGGGCAAUUAUGUUGCGAGACCGGCCAGGUCUGCUACACUGAUUCCAACAACGAGGCCCAGUGCGGAGCUGGAGCUACGACAACCGCCGCGGGACAAUGGGAAUAUACCACUGUGACGUUUGUACAGACAGAUUUGAAGACUGUCACCUCCACCUACAGCUCGUAUGUGCCGGCGAGCACAAUCAGCUGCUCAUACUCUCUUGGCGAAACUCCCUGCGGCAAUGUUUGCUGUUUGUCAGGACAGUUCUGCCAGUCUCCUGGAAGCUGCGCAGCCGUGGGCGGGGGGAGUUCUGGAUACUACAGCAGCCUGUAUACAGUCACCACGGUCAUUACCAACACCGCGAGCGCCCCACUCCGGCCUACCAGCAACACCCUCGUCACCGUAACGAGCAUUGGAGGCGCCACUACCACAGCACCUUUUCAGACACCGGUAGGCACGGAUGGCAGUAUCAUUGUUGGGCCGUCAUCGUCCAAAUCUGGUGGUGGGCUGAGUGGUGGUGCAAUUGCCGGCAUUGUGAUUGGUGUCAUUGCUGGCAUCUUUCUCCUCAUCUUGUUCUGCGCCUGUUGCAUCUUCAAGGGACUGAUUGACGGACUUUUGGCCAUUUUCGGCCUUGGUCCGCGACGAAGACGCACCGAAGAAGAAGUGUAUGUGGAAAGACACUCGCACAGGGAUGGGAGAGGACGAAGGACGUGGUUCGGUACCAGACCAGGGAGAUCUGAGGUUGUGGAGGAGAAGAGGAGAAGUGGAUGGGGAACAGCAGGCUGGAUGGCUGCAGCACUAGGGGCUCUGGCCCUCUGGCUGGGGCUGAAGAGGAGAAAUCGACGUGACGAUAAGAGCAACUCGGACUAUGACAGCUCCUACUUUUCCGAAUACACGGUAUCAAUGAAAGUUCUUCGGACCGAAGAACGAGGCGAAGCAGCAGAUCAAGGUCGAGACGAUGAAACGUAG